GCUCUUUGGAGAAGAUACCAGCAACCUCACAAAGUGGCCUUCAACUUAGGCGCCAGCGCCCGACGCACGGCGCGACUCGCUUCACACAAUCGCCAGUGAAUCACGGAGCCAACACUGGUCCGAUUGCUCCACUGCGCACACAUCCAUCAGACCCAAUUUGCCGAUAAAUGUACAGCUGAUCAUUGCAUAUUCCCAGUUCUGCCGCGCUCGGGGUUACUGUUGAUCCCCCAAGCACAUUCGUACACUGAUGCAGCCUCUGUUGAUUCAUUUCUGUGAUCUCUGCUCCACUUCGACCGCUAUACCAUUCUCAGCUUCCGUCUUCUCUCAAAACAACUCCUGUUCACACUGUGGCGCCUUAUCAACGGGCAUCAACAUCAAGACUUGCGGGAAGCAACAAGAAUCAAACAUGCAACAAGACGAGCUCGCGCAGCUGUUCUCAGCUCAUAUGCGCCUAUCGCAGAACCGGAAUAAUGGUUCUCAAGAUUCUCAAGUGGCACCACAACAACAGCCUGCGCAGCAGCAGGAACAGGUGUCACAGCCGAUCAUCUACGCUUCCCAACAUUACACCCACAGCUACCACGUUGCUCCCACGCGUCAGUUGGACCCAGAAUCUGAGAAAACUCAUAUCGAACCAUCUGAACUGCAUGGAGUCCUUCUGCGGAACAGCAUCGAUCCGACUCUUCUGUUCCCGUCACAGAUCGACUUAUUUCAGAACGCAGACAACGAUCAGAGGCUCCGAUUACUCGAGCUUUGGCGUAUUUCUCCUCCUUCAGGUAGUACGGCCAGGCAGCUAUACGACUGGCCGCCCACAAGCCUGGCGCAAGAGGAGGCUAUGGCAAAGCUACGGUAUGAGAGGAUGAUUGAAGAGCGGGUGCAGCAAGAUGAAAUACAGAAACACCAACAGCAGCUGGAUCAGAGCAUGGACCAGAGCACAGAUACUGCGGCAGUGCAGGCAGCCCGUGAUAUACUCGUAGGGUCACCCGAUACUGCCGCCGAACCAUACAUUGUAUCGGGUUACGAUAUGCUUGCACGACGGGAGUAUGAAGAGUCGGCGAAGUCUGCUGGAAACUACCUUCGGGAAUCAACGAGCUACAAUCAAGCAACCGAUCCAGUGUACAUACAUACUGGCCAGACCGGCCUUUGGGAAAAGAAUGUCGGCAGCAUUUUGGACAUGGAGAAUCAAUACGGAGCUUUCGCUCACGCUAGAGACUUCGAUGUCCACCGAACUUAUGGAGACGAUGAGAUGGUCAUGUAAUGAAAAAGAAGAAAUUGGGCAAUUCGGGAGACAUUUGGGAUUGCAGGGUGUAAUGUUGCCGCAUGGAGUUCAGCGCAAUGAUAGGCGGCUGGAGCGAUGAGAGAGGACCACCCGGUGU